AUGUAUCGACCUACAUAUACCGGCCUUCGAGGCCUUAAACAAAUCCUACCCAGACCCUCUAGAACUUAUGGCACCACUCCUGAACCUACACUUCGAACCGCUCUCUUCUUUCCCGGCCAUGGCGUUCAGAGGAAAGGGAUGACAAGACCUUGGGUAGAAGCAUUCCCCCGAACCUGCAAGCCCUUCUUAGAAGAGAUGGAUGAAAUCGUGCAAUGCAAACUAUCCACCCUCAUUGACGAAGGCCCCAUCCUCCAAUUGGACAAAACGGAAAACGCACAACCGGCAAUAAUGGCUGUAUCCAUCAUGAUCCUGAGAGUUCUCGAGCAAGAGUUUGGCUUCAAGACAGAUGAGGUGAUCGAUGUCACAUUGGGCCACAGCUUAGGAGAAUAUGCGGCACUGGUUGCCGCUGGAAAUCUGGAGUAUGCUUUUGCUCUCGACUUGGUCCGACGACGAGGCGACGUGAUGGGAGAAUGCACGAGAAAAGCAAAGGAGGAGUCGGGCGAAGACUUUGGCAUGAUUGCUCUGGUCUGUGAACCGGAUCAAUUGGACUCAUUGAUUGCGGCCGUCAAAGAAUUCCUCAGCCAUGGAGCCGAAGGUGCCAAGGACGAUUCCAGCGCUCUUCCUGCCAUUCAACAGGUGGCCAUUGCCAAUGCCAACUCCAAAAACCAAAUCGUUCUCAGCGGCAGCUUUCAACGCAUCCGGAACCUGUUGGUGCACAUCCGAGAAUUCGGUGGACAUGACCCUCGAGCUGUUGAGCUGAAGUCGCGAUCCGCAUUCCACAGCCCAAUCAUGAUGCCUGCAUAUGAGUUCAUGAAGAAGGCGUUGACUCCAGAUAUGGUGACGUUUCCUGGACGAGUUCCCUGCAUUAGCAAUGUCACAGCACGACCCUUCAGUUCGAAGGAAGACCUCAUCCAAAACCUCGCCAGACAAGCCGUAGACACGAUUCUCUGGUGGGAUUCGAUCAAGUAUCUGGACAGGCAAGCAGGAUGCCGCCGAUACCUUGGGGUAGGGCCAGGAAAGGUUGGACGGAACCUUGUCUCAAAGGAGGUCGGUCGAUCAUCUGCAAAGGGAGGAGGUGUCUGGUCAAUCACUGAACCACAUGAGAUUGAGGAUACCUUGCGGGAAUUGGAAGCAACAGCAAAGGAAGAAGACAAAUGA